UUGACGACAGAGAAUCAACCUAUUUCUACUAAAUCAAAGACAAUGACAACUGAUGCUGUUGUAAACAUAACUGAAAAAAGAACAGCGAGCAUUACAAUGAUUAACACUGUACCGUCCAAAACAACAAAUAAAAUUGCUACAGGUAACUUGUCAGAUUCAGAUGCUUACUUCUACAUCAUAACUCCAUUGGCAGUCAUCUUCGCCUUCUUAGCUUUGAUAUUUUUUAUAAUCGCAUGUAAAAAUAAAAGAAGACGAUUUGAAAAUUACUUUGAUGUUAGAGGAAGGACAGCUCAAAGUGAAUAUGAAACUGUAUCUGAUUCGUCUACCAAUACGUCUAACAGUCCUGAAGAUGGAUAUGAUUACAUACUCGAUGUUAUUCGAAAUCCAGGAUAAAUCAUAUACAUGUAUUCAUUUUUUAUCCUCAAA